AAAAUGGAUAUAUAUUUGUUUUUCAUAUGCUAAAGAAAGAAAAAAAGAGGAAGGAACUCGCUCUGUGACACGUGAGUCAACUUUCCUGACGUGGACCCGUUCUGCCAAAAGAAACUGUAAAGGGCAAAACAAGGAGGUGCAGCAGAGCGGAGAGACAGAGGAGGGAGAGAGAACCUGGGCUGAGGUGAGCAAAGAAGCAUUUGGGAAAGCGGAGGCGAAAGAGAGGGCGACCAAAAGGCAAGGGGAGUGAGGCGCCCCGGUCCUACCAGCAAAGCCUAGGGGGGGAGUAGAAGAAGAAGAAGAAGAAGAAGAAGGAGAAGGAGAGAGGAGGGAGAAGAGUUGGCUGGACAUGGGGCUCUGGACCGUUCUCCUCAUCUGUCUCUCCCAGGUUGAGCUGGGGAGAGUCUGGGCUCACCAGCAUAAAGAUGCACUGACCGGGAAACAUCUGCGGACAGAUGUGGGUCCGUCCAGCCUGCACAGAACCAGGAGGGACCAGCAGAACCCACACAAACACAGAGAAGCCCGCAACAUCGGAGGAAGAGGACUUGAUGUCAGUACUCUGCCUGGCAACACAACCCACAUCAUGGACUCCCAGCAGUACUACACAUGGCAGAGUUUCGGUCCAACGGACAGACGGUCGGGGGACAAGUGGGUCGAUCUGAACAACCUGCACAAGAGCCAAGUCCAGAUCCACGGCAUACUGUCCAACGCACACCAGAAGGCCGCGAGGGUGGCACUUUCCUUUGAUUUCCCUUUUUAUGGACACCACCUGAGACAAAUUAUCAUCGCGACUGGUGGGUUCAUCUUCAUGGGGGACGUCACUCAUCGUAUGCUGACCGCCACCCAGUACAUCGCUCCCCUCAUGGCCAACUUCGACCCCAGCUUCUCCAAAAACUCCACCGUGAGGUACUCGGACAACGGUCGCCUGUUUGUAGUGCAGUGGGACAACGUGCGCCUGAAGGACCGCGAGGCCGAAGGGUCUUUCACUUUCCAGGCGGUGCUCGACAGCAACGGAACCGUCAUUUUCAACUACAGAGAAGUCCCCAUCCCAGUGGAGCAAAUUAAUUCCACCGAGCACCCGGUGAAAGUGGGACUGUCUGACGCAUUUCUGGCCCGCCUCCCUUCCUUACAGCCGUCGGAAGCCAAUCAACGUACCAUCUACGAGUAUCAUCGGGUUGAGAUUGACACCGAAAAGAUUGUCAGCGGAUCUUCUUUUGAGCUAACACCUUUGCCGACUUGCCUUCAACACACGUCCUGUGAACUCUGCGUCACCUCCAAUCUGACCGCCGGCUGCGGCUGGUGCAACACACUUCAACGAUGUUCCGACGGGAUCGACCGGCACAGACAGGAGUGGUUGGAUUACAACUGUCCUGAAGAGGCGAAAGGGACGUGUGAGGACUACAACCCCAUACCACCCGAGGGAUCGAUGAGCUCCUUCAACCAGUCUUCUCCAGGGCCAACGGCUUCUUCAGCAGCGGACGAAGAACAGCACGUCACCACAGACGUGCAGGCGGGUUCCCCGAACGUCACCGGGAUCACGGAGAACGCGGCCAUCAUAGCCGGCGUGGUGGGCGCGCUGGUUCUGCUCGUGGCUUUGACCUUACUGGCGGUCUACUACAUCAACACGCACCCCACGGUGGCUCCACCCUUCUACCUCAUGCAGCGUCGCACCAACAACUAUUGGCCUUCCAUGAAGUUCCACAACCAGGGCUGUCAGUCCAGCUAUGCCGAGGUCGAACUCGGGGGUCACGAAAAGGACGGCUUCAUCGAGUCCGAGCAGUGCCUGUAAAGGUCCCCGGGACAGUCGGGACGGGAGAAGCGAGGACACCGCCUUGAGGACUGCGGAGACAUCACAGGUGGAAGAAUAUGGACAACCGGGGUGUCCCUCCUCCACACGUGACGGCGUCUGCAGUAACCGCCCUCGUAGUUCUUGCCAGCUUUCUCCGUGUCUUUUGCUCUUUGCCACCGCACGGGGGAUUUGACAUUUUCGACACAAGGGUCGGAGGCUCUGAGAGGACGGCGACCACAAAAUAUGACGACGUGCAAACGUACUGUACAAAAAAAAAGAGAAGAAAAAAAACAUUAACGCAGGCAGACGACAGGGGAGGAAUCGAAGUAGCCUUCUUACUGCAAAGCAACAUACGGCUCAACGUAACCAUGUGUUUCUAUAAACUUUAUGGAGUUAUUUUUGUUUCAUGAAAGUUCUAUGCGACCGACGAUUUGUUCAUAAAAUGUUAUAUUUCUGUUCACUUUCACUAUAACAGAUAUUUAGCUAUAUAACUGAUAGUGAUUAUAAUUACCAUCUUCAACCUCUCAGGAGGAGUGUUGUUUAGAUUGAUUUUAGAGAUGCAGUUAUGACUGUUUUCCUUUAACCAUUCUGUUUAAAUGUCUUCUAAUAAAAGUUGGUGGUGAGUGUUGAUAAUAAUCUCAGGCUUAGUGA